CCGUUUGUGAGACGAGAGAACCGAACCGGGAGGGUGGAGAAGACUGGAAUUUGGAUUUGGCAGGAGGAAGGUGGACACUCAGAACUGCAUCCCAGUGGGGUCAGGAAGACCUGGAUUCCUAAUCUAAGACGUAUCUGUUUGCCCCCUUCUUCACGCUUUGAUUCCCACCUUCAAUUAGAAGUGAGUCAUCUGGAUUUCUGCGUGACUCCUUAUUUUAGUGUUGAGAUUGUGGGCUUACCCUAUGAACUAUGCCUAAAAUUGUGUCCAGGUCCGUUGUCUGCUCCUACACACGGGACCGGGAGGAAUAUGAGGACAGUGAGAAGCCCCUCCACAUCUACUACUGUUUGUGUGGCCAGAUGGUUCUGGUGCUGGACUGUCAGUUGGAGAAAUUGCCCAUGAGGCCCCGGGAUCGGUCCCGGGUGAUUGAUGCUGCCAAACAUGCCCACAAGUUUUGUAACACAGAAGACCAGGAGACUAUGUAUGUUCGCAGGCCCGAAGGCAUUGAACGUCAGUACAGGAAGAAGUGUGUGAAGUGUGGACUGCCACUCUUCUACCAGUCCCAGCCAAAGAACGCUCCCGUGACCUUCGUUGUGGAUGGAGCAGUAGUCAAGUUCGGCCAGGGUUUUGGGAAAAUGAAUAUAUAUACUCAGAAGCAAGAGCCUCCUAAGAAGGUGAUGGUGACCAAACGGACCAAAGACAUGGGCAAGUUCAGCUCUGUCACUGUGUCUACUAUUGAUGAAGAGGAAGAGGAGAUUGAGGCUAGGGAAGUUGCUGACUCAUAUGCACAGAAUGCCAAAGUGAUUGAAAAACAGCUAGAGCGCAAAGGCAUGAGCAAAAGGCAGCUGCAAGAGAUGGCUGAACUGGAAGCCAAAAAAGUGAAGAUGAAGGGGACAUUGAUUGACAACCAGUUUAAAUGAUCAGGAUCUUCUUUGAACCCAGGCUAGAGGCAAGUAUUUAGACCAGAGGCCAAAAAAUUUUCUUGACUGCAGGGACUGGUUCCUGCCUUUAUGCCCCAGCAGAAUGCUUUAUGCUGCUUCCUACAUUCAGGUGGUCUUGGAAUCCAUCUGACCUGCUUUCUACAAAUGGAUUUUUAAAAUAUAUGGGUCUUCUGUAGGAUUUUUGUGUCCAUUUGAUGUCAACUUCUUUAAUUGUGAAGAAACUCUAUGAAUAGAUUAGUGCUUAAGUGUCUUUAGUUUCCAAAGUAGCUGUUCUUUAAUAAAAUGUUUAAAGAUUUUUGAAAAAAAAGGUGGAUCUUAGUUGUUUUUGUUGUUUUUCCUCUCCAUCUCUAUUCCAGGCUAUAUUCAUAUUAUUUUGUUCUGAAGAAUGACCAUUCUUCAUUAAAGUUUUUAUUCAUCUCUGAAAAAUGAAUGUUACGACUUUGGGAAAUUGUGGGAUCAUUUUUUAUAUGAGUAUCAUGUCAACUUAAAAAAACCAAAAAACAAAAAACAACGGAACCAGUGCCAGAAAACCCAAGGGAGAUAAUCAAUUCUCUGUCCUUUUCUUUUUGGAUCAACCAUUAACAUCUGAUCCACCUAACUAUGCAGAUCCCGGCUCCUGGGGUCUGCGGCAUUGUGGGUGAGAUGAGACAAAUUCACACGGACUACUGAGUCCUGUCGAGGAAAAGGAAUGGCGAGGCCACUCUCUCAAGGGGAGAGUGCCUCGACCCUUGCCUUGACAAGCUUUUAUUGGGUUCAAUUUGCAUAGGAAUACAGGGUGUAUAUGUAAAGCUCAUCAAUCAUUGUCAGGCAGAAAUGAUUUAAACAAUAGAUAACAUUCAAAGAACUCUGAGGGCUUGUUCUGAGUCAGGGUCAGAUAAUUAAAGGGCAUAAAACUUUGAGGAACAAACUCCCUUCCUGCUUGGACCCUUAUCAUUUAAAUUGAGGGUAUUAGCAAAGUAGGUUUUAUAGGAUUUUAUGCAUUCUUUUUUAGGCCUGAUGCCCUAGGGAACCUUCCCUUUCCACCACAGGGCUGCACCACCCUCCUGCAUUGUUUCAGGCUUAAGUCAGGCAGGGGAAGUAAGGCAGCCAAGAGAUUAGGAGACUUCUUGCAGACAGAAUGAGGACUCAGGCUAUAUCAAAGCCGAGGGGUGAGAAUCCAUCACCCCCUUACUCUGUAUCUCCCCAAGUCCUUCCCUGAGGGCCCCUUCACAGCCAUGCCUGUCUUAGGUCAUCCCUCUUUUGAGGAAUCUUACCCAUCAUUGGCUGACCAGUCAUCCACCGAGGAGCCAAGCAGGGUGAAGAGGAAGGAGGCAGAGGUGGUGCCCCUAAAAGGCAGAUAAGCUUUGUCUCCUAAGUGGCUUAUGGUCCCAAGGUCCUUUACUCAGCCUUAGCCAUGGGGGAUUACAGCUCCUGAAACCAGGCAGGGUGGUUCCCAACACUUAACCACUCUCUUCUUGAAAUAGUGUUUUCAACUGGCUUCUAAAAUAGUAUAUGCUCUGCAUUUUCCUUCUUCCUUACCCUUCUGUAGUAGCCACUCCUCAAGUUUGUUUUUUUUGUAUUGGUUCCCAGUUCCAUUCUCCAGCCUCUGUGGGAAAGUGCCUCUGGCCUUGAUCUAACCAGCUUUUCCACCUUGUCCAGUUUUACCUGUUUAAAUACCAUGUCUAGCUUGUAGUUUCCUAAAUUUGUAUUUCUAGCCUUGAUCCCUCUUGAGCUCUAGUACCAUGUAUCAAACUGCCUACUGGCUAUCUCUAAUUGUCCACAGUAGGCAUCUCAAAGAUAAAAUGUCCCACAGAACUCCAUUCUUGCCCCACCCACUAGCUUCUCCUUAACUUUUCCCCAUCUCAGUUAAUGACACUUUUUAAAGUUUAUUGGGGUGACAUUGGUUUCAAAUGUAUAUUGCGUUGUGUGCCUACCACCCAAAGAUAAAUCAUAUUCCAUCAUCAUAUAUUUUGUCCCCUUUACUCUUUACUACCCUCCACCUCCUUCCCUCUGGUAACAAGACUGUUGUGUCUGUGAGUUUCAGUUUUAUAUCCCAUAUAUGAGAGAAAUUGUGGUUCUUAGCUUUUUCUGACUUAGCAUCAUAUUCUCAGUGUCCAUCCAUGUUGUCACGAAGGACAGUAUUUUAUCUUUAUUUAUGGCUGAGUAGUAUUCCACAGUAAAAAUGUACCACAUUUUUAUCCAAUCAUCUGUCAAAGAACACUUUGGUUGUUUCCAUGUCUUGGCCCCUGUGAAUAAUGCUGCAAUAAACACAGGGGUGCAUAUGUCUUUGCAAAUAAAUGUUUUCAAGUUUUCUGAGUAGAUAGCCAGAAAAGGGAUUGCUGGAUCAUAUGGUAACUCUAUUCUUAAUUUUUUGAGGAAUGCCAUACUGUUUUCCAUAGUGGCUGUACCAGUUUACAUUACUCCCAGCAGUGAAUGAGGGUACCUUUUUGUCCACAUCUCCAACCCUUGUCACAUGUCUUGCUGAUAGUAGCCAUUCUAAUAGGUGUGAGGUGGUAUCUUAUUGUAGUUUUGAUUUGCAUUUCCCUAAUAGCUAGUGAAAUGGAGCAUCUUUUCAUAUAUCUAUUGGCCAUUUGUAUGUCAUCUUGGGAGAAGUGUUCAGGUUCUCUGCCCACUUUUUUAAAUUGGACCGUUUGGUGUUCAGUUAUAUGAGUUCUUUGGACAUUAACCCCUUGUCAGAGCUAAUGUUUGCAAAUAUCAUCUCUCAUUUGAUUGGUUCCUUUUUAGUUAAUGAUACUUUAAUCCACCCUGCCAUCAGACAAAAACCCUGGGAGUCACAAUUACUCUUUUCACGCUGCACAUCCAGUCUGUCAGCAAGUCUUGUCUGAUCUGUCUCCAGAAUAUACAUUCUCAACUGGAUUACCUCUCAGCACCUCUACUGCCCCUACCCUAGUGCACUCUACGUGAUCUCACUCCCCAGCUACUGCCGUAACCUCCUCAGUGGGCUUCCUGCUUCUCCUCUUGUUCCAAGUAGGACACGAGUGUUUUUUUAAAAAAAAUGCAUAUCAGAAAAUGUCAUUCAUUUGCUUAAAUACCCUCUUGUUGCACUUAGAAUAAAAUCCACACUCCUUUCCAUGGCCUACAAGGCUUAAUGUAACCUAUCCCCUACCAUCUCUCCCGGUUCUGACUUUCCCGUUUCGUAUGUAUCAGGAUUUACCGCACACACGUACCCGCUCCGGGGCUCUUCUCACAUUGCUCAGGCCUUUGCCUGGCUGCCUUCUCACCAUCCAGACCUCAGCCCAGUAAUCACAUCCUUGUCACAUUCCUGAACAAGAUUUAUUAACACUCUCUACCCAUUACUAUGUUUCAUUUUCUUCAUAGCAUUGAAACUAUUUGAAACUUACACGUUAUUUGUCUAUUAUCUACUGCUUGUUCUACCCACCUUCCCACCAAUGUAAGCUCCAUGAAAGUAAGGAAUUAAUUUUUGUUUGCCAUAUAGAGGUGCUCAAUAAGUACUUAUUGAGUAUCCUAAAUUGCAAUUUUGCUGAAGUGUCAAAUGCUUCAAAUUUCACAGGAUUUGGACACAUCAUGAUGUAGAAUGGCUAAUCAUCCCAGGUUGGCAGGAACUGAGUUUACUGGGAUACAGAACUUUACAGACUAAAACCAGGAAAGUUCUGGAUAAACCAAGAUAAGUUAGUUGCUCAACCUUAAGAUAUGUCACCAUUUCAACAAACUGUGACAGUAACAAAAUAUUGUCAAUAGGUUCUGCAACUUUAAGCAAAAUGAUAUAUAAUGAAACCAAUUUUACCAUAGGAUAAUUGAUACAAACAAGAGUUAAGUUCCUAUAGUAUCUCAUCAACACUGUAGUGAAAUGACAUUGAAUGAAAUGUUAUUCAAAGACCUGUUUACUUUAAUAUACCAGUGUACAAUGUGGCUCUAAGAGGCAAUUAAAACAUGAAAUAUUUCCAAAACUUACUUGACCAUGAAACCCUUCUGUAGUAUUUCCAUGGAAGCCAUUUUGUGAAACUCUUCUGUUCCAACUUUAUUCUCUAACCAAACUCAUUUCUGUCAUCAUCUGAACUUGUUUUGCUUUCCUGCUUUUAUGUAAAGUUUUAUGAAAUGUCAAAGAGGCAGUCCUAGUGCUACAGCACUGUUUGGUAAAGGCACUAUUCCAUCUUAUAAAAUUUAAGUUGGAUUAUGAGUUCAUAAGUCAUAACCGAAGGCACUAUAAAAGUGGAUUGUGAAACCCACUAUGAGUGUUUGAGUCAUAUUAGAAGAUACAGAAACGAGUUUUUAAAUAAAACAAUUUAAUACUGCUAGAUGAUAUGAGGGGCAGGGACUCCCUGGCCCCCUACCACCACACACGACGCGACUGAGCAAGGACAGGAGGUGUGAGCAUUGUGGUCAGCAGGCCAGUGGUGACAGGUAACCUUUUCUCCUUUCCUUCUUCUGCAUGACAACUCACUCCCAAGUCAUCUUUGGGAACUAAAAGAAGGAAGCUGCUCCUCCAUCCUGGUUCUAGUGAGUCACUCCGAGGCUGAAAGGACUACAGACAGGGAGCUUGCAUUCACAACCUUGCCAAAGGGAGAAUAACAA